UUCCGCCGACAUUCUUCUCUCGGAGCACGCACCGCCUCGCAUGCCAUGAUCAAUCUCGGAAUCGAUGGGCCGUUGUUGAGCAGGCGGGAUGCCAUCGACGAUGGGGAUCCGAACCCGCGAGGCGAGAGCCUGGCUCGCCUCUCCAUCAUCUUUGUCUGCUUGGCAGGCUUCUUUGUCGUACUGAGGCUCUUGACGAGACAUUUCCACACCAAGGCGUUUGGAGCCGACGAUGCCUUGAUUGUGGUGGCGCUGGCCCUCUCGGUCUGUAUGACGGUUGCUUACAACGGAGAAGCUGGGAACGGAUUCGGUCUUCACAGUGAUCAGAUCAACCAAGAGCACAAAAUCCUCGCCUUCAAGAUCCUCUACAAGGUCGCGACAUGCCUCACCAAAUCGUCCCUCGGCAUGCUCUACCUGCGCAUCUUCCCCGGCCACAAGUUCCGCAUCGCCGUCAUCACCGUCGUGGGCGUCACCGUCGCCUACACCUUUGCCGCCGUGCUCAUGACCGUCUUUGCCUGCAAGCCCAUUGAAAAGGCCUGGCGCAAGACCUUGCCCGGCGUCUGCGUCAACUCCAUCAGCAUCUGGUAUUUCCCUCGGUUUGUAUCCGUGUCUUUGCUGACGGCUGGGAGUAAAGCGACAUCCGUCUUGAAUAUCGUGACGGACAUCUUGAUCAUCGGGCUGCCGGUCAACGAGAUCCGACGACUUCAGCUGCCGCUGGCGAGGAAGCUGCUGCUCUGCGCUUUGUUCAGCCUUGACUAUCAAGCCGUAUCCAACAGCUGGACGUUUGUCGAGACCAAUGUCGGGAUCAUGUGUGCUUGCCUCCCGAUCGUUUGGGUUCCCAUCACGAGGCAGAUUCUUCGGCUAUUUGGACUCGGAAGAGAAGAAACGGCAGCCACGAGCAAAUCUGGUCAGACCUAUUCUCUCGGAUCGCAUGGUCUUGUCAGUAGCGCACGAGGACGAACCAGCCCCCGGGAUGCCGAGGGCGACAGCGUGGAAGAGCUCAUGUUUCACGGCAUCAAGAUGACGAGGAGGUUCAGCGCACAUGUCGUCCGCGAGGAUCAGGGCCAGAACGAAGCCCCCGUCAGCGACCGCCCGUGGGAGCAUGUUCCUCAGCCGGCGCCUCCAUGA